AUGGUACGCAUAAAAAACGAUCGAGAGGAAGGCGAGCUGUCCGAUGACAGCUGCAUUGAUGUUGACAGUGUGGCGGUAUCCCUUGAAACAUCAACAGGUUGUUGGAUACGCAUGAUGGCAAAACCGCCGAACUUGUUGGCGAAAACAUCUCCAGAAACAUCACCUCCUUUACAGAAGGACAGCGAAAUAAGAGAUCAAGAGCACAGCACAUCAGCGUUAUCGCCUGAACAUUACCUGCGCGAUCCUGUUUCACCCCUGGAUAAACAAUCCGAAAAUCUGUCUAGCAGUGGAGAAAUCGAUGACCAUCAAGAAGGUACUGUCGUUGCUCAACAGCCGGACAGAGAGGAAAACGAAACCAGCAAGGCAUUAGAGUGCAGCCAGACGGAAUCCACACAAGUGGUCGCUCGGGAACCGGAAACUGAGCCAGAAGAUCUUGACGAAUUGGAGCUUCGUUUGGCGGCAUUGAAAUCUGCGAUUGUAAAGGGGAACGCGGAAGCGGUUAAUGUAACUUCUUCGACUUCGACGAAGACAGACAUCGAUCAGCGCUGCAGUAUCAGGCCGAUGCGCAGAAAUGAUCGCAUUCCUUUGAAAAGGCCAACAUAUCGAGACUACGGCCGCAAGCGUAAAAGGCGGAGACGCUUUCCAGAUUACGAAAAUGCCUACAGAAAUGGCUUAACGCACCCAACUUCGAACAAAGUCGAUAUGUACGUGAACUGUAAAAGUGCCAGCCUCGGACUGCGUCCUUUCAGUGACAGGAACCAAACUCACAUAAGCAGUCGUCGUUGGCAGCGUCAAGAACGCGAGCGCAUUUUAAGGUACAUCACUUUUAUGCUUAUAUGUUUUGGGUCUUUUGGCUUGGCUGCGAGUAGUCAACGAGAGUAGAG